AUGGACGAGCAUAGAGAUCUUGUUCGAUACCGGAGCAGAACAGUCAUUCUUCAGCGAGACUCUAGCCAGACAGCUGGUUCUCACGGUUACCACAUUGAAAAUAUUGGAUCUACAUGGUCACCAGCACCCGCUUACGCUCCUCACUACGCCAACCUCCACUGGCGUUGGAAAGACGCUUUAACUUACACCACAAGACCACACUUUUAUCAGGACGCACGAGAUAGCCCUAUCGAAACAGUCUUAUCACUAACGAUCACCGCCACAGCCCUACUGGGCUGCGAUCAACUCUGGCACUUCUUGAACACUGCGUUACCACGGCAUACGAUUCCAUCAGGCCUCAAGCUCAUCCCUUCGAAGCUCGGGUAUUUGCUCACUGGACGGCAGCGCACAGCCGAAGAGCAAGAGGGACUAGCAAAUGCUAGCAGAAAAAGGAGUAUGCGCACUCCAGAAGCUAGCGAGUCCUUGCGGUUACUCCCUAACAACACAGUGUUCACUUACACUACCCUCCCGGAUUUUGAGAACGAGCUUAGCCGUUGGGACAAAUACUGGACCAUGGACUCUGCCAGAGUUUGCGAAUUGGCAGAUCGGCGUAACGAUGGUUACUACGUACGCCUACCUUACAAAGAAGAGCUCGCACUACUUCCUUCUAAUAAGACCAUUGCUCUUAAACGUCUCACCGACACAUUCGCGAUUUUACGGUCACGCCCUGACAUCAUGCAACAAUACCAGCAGACGAUAGAUAGCCAAUUGAAAGCAGGAAUAAUUGAAAUAAAAGAAACGACAAAGCAACGUAUUGUAGUCGACGCGUCGUCCCACUUCAAGGAAGCAUCAUCAGCAUCAGCAUCAGAUGUGGCGAAAACGUUUCUCCAAGAGCGUCUUCACGAGCAAGCCAGAGACGCCACCAGGUUCUUCCGGGUACGAGGCCCGACAAAACCGACAGACGACGACGACCUUCUCACAUGUCGUUUCACUCGGGUCCCACAUUACUAUGCCAACCUGGACACAUGGACCUCGCCAACAUAUACCGUGUUCAACGACUCUCCACGGGACAUCAAAAGCGACCAGCUCGAGGAUCCCGAAAGGACAUCAGUCACUACAAACAGAAUGGAAAAACCAGUGGUAGACCCUGAAGGUGACCAGCGUACGGACCCACACCAAGCAGGGAAUCCAUCUACUGAUCCAGCAAAGUUACAGGAAGAAACACUGAUCACAGCACUCACACAGCAAGUGGCACUCCUCGAAUGUGAUCAGCUCGAGGACCCACAACAAGAGCUUCUCUGCUCGCUUUGGAUGAUGAGAUCUAACGCCAUCACAGACAGAAUCAAGGUUCCUCAGUAUGCUCCUGACAACCUUGCAGCGAUCAAUGGAUCGCUCAUACGGGCAGCAAGAAUGGUACUGAUCAAACACGGACUCGAUUUGGCGUUCAAAGGGUCGGUUUGGACAAUCGUUGCUGACUCAAGAAGCUCAGAGCCCAUCGCUCUGAAUACACCACUGACCGCUCUCAUCAUCAAGUAUGCACACGAUGCGUAUCACAACGGAAUAGAACACACGAUGGCAACGGAUCGAACUCCACAAGCAGAACGUACUGGUGCAUUUUCACAUGCACAACCACACGCUGGAUUCACCUCGAAAUGUUGA